GAAAGUUUGAAAAAUGGAAACCUUAGCAAGACUUGCUCUGGGACUCAUCAUCUUUGAUGCUGCUGUGGCUGCUCCCACCCUAGAGUCCAUCAACUAUGACUCAGAAACUUAUGCCACUUUGGAAGACCUGGACCAAUUAUACAACUAUGAAAACAUACCCAUUGAUCAAGCUGAGAUUGAAAUAGGGACAGUGGUGCCUUCAGGGAACAAAGAGCUCCUGACCCCACCACCAUUGCCUAAGGAAGAGGACGGUGAAGAGGAGGAGGAGUCCACCCCCAGGCUGAUCGAUGGCUCUUCUCCACAGGAGCCUGAGUUCCCUGGUGUUUUGGGCCCCCACACCAAUGAAGACUUUCCUACCUGCCUUCUGUGUGCUUGUAUAAGUACCACCGUAUACUGUGAUGACCAUGAACUUGAUGCUAUUCCUCCACUGCCCAAGAAUACUGCUUAUUUCUAUUCCCGCUUUAACAGAAUUAAAAAGAUCAACAAAAACGACUUUGCAAGCCUAAGUGAUUUAAAAAGAAUUGAUCUGACAUCAAAUUUAAUAUCUGAAAUUGAUGAAGAUGCAUUCAGAAAGCUGCCUCAGCUUCGAGAGCUUGUCCUGCGAGACAACAAAAUAAGGCAGCUCCCAGAACUGCCAAACACUUUGAUGUUUAUUGAUAUUAGCAACAAUAGACUUGGGAGAAAAGGGAUAAAGCAAGAAGCAUUUAAAGAUAUGUAUGAUCUCCAUCAUCUCUACCUUACUGAUAACAAUUUGGACCACAUCCCUCUGCCACUUCCAGAAAACCUACGGGCCCUUCACCUCCAGAACAACAACAUCUUGGAGAUGCAUGAAGAUACCUUCUGCAAUAUUAAAAAUUUGACUUACAUUCGUAAGGCACUGGAGGACAUUCGAUUGGAUGGAAACCCAAUCAAUCUCAGCAAAACUCCUCAAGCGUAUAUGUGUCUACCUCGUUUGCCAGUUGGUAGUCUUGUCUAA